UGCAGCGGAGACUUGCGAUUGGUGCUGAUGAUGAGAGUAGUGAAUCCGCAGCAUACCGGGCAGACGACGGAUUUGACAGUGGACAUUCAGAGACGUUACUUUUAAGACCUGUCGCUUAGCUAAAUGCCUCAGCAAUUUUCAGGGAAUAUAUACAGAAAAUAUAUACCAUUAACAAUGCAGCUGUUAUGAAGGUGAUAUGAAUUUCUUGUGUUUGUUGUAGACCUAGUGGAGCGUUACAACCGGCGAAGUCAAGGGGUAAGGGAAAGGUAUCGAAAUAGUGGUAGCUAGCGAAUCGUUCUACCGGCACGGACACGCUUCUUGACACCCGGCCUUAGAACACUUAGAAGAGAGAAAGUUCUUGGUCCACAAUUAUACCUUAAGUAUUUUCCAACUUAGUUUUAGGAGAGAAUCAACGGUGAAACCUUAGUAGUUAAUCCAAACAGCCGUGGUUGGUAGUAAGAUUUAGAGUUACUGUAGCUAGCCGUGUCCUGAAGUGGCCGUUUCACCAUGGACAACGCACACACAAAGACAGUGGAAGAAGUUUACAGUAACUUCAACGUAAAUGAAAGCACCGGUCUAGGCUUAGACCAGGUAAAGAGACAACGGGAAAAAUGGGGACCAAACGAAUUACCGGCUGAGGAAGGUAAAUCUCUAUGGGAGCUGGUGGUUGAACAGUUUGAAGAUCUCCUUGUGAGGAUACUUCUUCUUGCAGCCUGCAUAUCCUUUGUGCUGGCCUGGUUUGAAGAGGGAGAGGAGACCAUUACAGCCUUCGUGGAGCCUUUUGUCAUCUUGCUGAUUCUCAUAGCCAAUGCCAUCGUUGGUGUCUGGCAGGAGCGGAACGCGGAGAACGCCAUCGAGGCUCUGAAGGAGUACGAGCCGGAGAUGGGCAAGGUCUACCGCCAGGACAGGAAGAGUGUCCAGAGGAUCAAGGCCAGGGACAUCGUCCCCGGGGACAUCGUGGAGGUGGCUGUCGGCGAUAAAGUUCCUUCAGACAUCCGUCUCACCUCCAUUAAAUCCACAACUCUGAGGGUAGACCAGUCCAUUCUGACAGGAGAGUCUGUGUCCGUGAUCAAGCACACAGACCCGGUGCCCGACCCCCGAGCCGUCAACCAGGACAAGAAGAACAUGCUCUUCUCUGGUACCAACAUUGCGGCGGGCAAAGCGGUGGGCGUGGUGGUGGCCACCGGCGUCAACACGGAGAUCGGCAAGAUCCGCGACGAGAUGGCGGCCACGGAGCAGGAGCGCACGCCGCUGCAGCAGAAGCUGGACGAGUUUGGCGAGCAGCUGUCCAAGGUCAUCUCCCUCAUCUGCAUCGCCGUGUGGAUCAUCAACAUCGGCCACUUCAGCGACCCCGUGCACGGGGGCUCCUGGAUCCGCGGCGCCGUCUACUACUUCAAGAUCGCCGUGGCGCUGGCCGUGGCCGCCAUCCCCGAGGGCCUGCCCGCCGUCAUCACCACCUGCCUGGCCCUGGGGACGCGGCGCAUGGCCAAGAAGAACGCCAUUGUCAGGAGCCUGCCCUCCGUGGAGACCCUGGGCUGCACCUCCGUCAUCUGCUCCGACAAGACGGGCACGCUGACCACCAACCAGAUGUCCGUCUGCAGGAUGUUCAUCCUUGACAGUGCUGAGGGAGAGAAGUGCUCCCUGAAGGAGUUCACCAUCUCUGGCUCCACCUAUGCCCCAGAAGGAGAAGUGUCCCACAAUGGCAAGACGGUCAAGUGUUCCCAGUACGACGGCCUGGUGGAGCUGGCCUCCAUCUGCGCCCUCUGCAACGACUCCUCACUGGACUUCAACGAGACCAAAGGUGUGUUUGAGAAGGUGGGCGAGGCCACGGAGACGGCCCUCACCUGCCUGGUGGAGAAGAUGAACGUGUUUGACACGGACGUCAGCGGCCUGUCCAAGAUCGAGAGGGCCAACGCCUGCAACUCUAUGAUCAAGCAGCUGAUGAAGAAGGAGUUCACCUUGGAGUUCUCCAGGGACAGGAAGUCCAUGUCCGUGUACUGCACCCCCAACAAGGCUCGCUCCUCCAUGGGCAAGAUGUUCGUCAAGGGGGCGCCGGAGGGCGUGAUCGACAGGUGCACGCACGUGCGCGUGGGCGGGAGCAAGGUGCCGCUGACGGCGGGCAUCAAGGAGAAGGUCCUGUCUGUGAUCCGGGAGUACGGCACGGGCCGGGACACCCUGCGCUGCCUGGCGCUCGCCACCAAAGACAACCCCGUCAGCAAGGAGGACAUGGUUCUGGAGGACUCUGCACGCUUCAUCGACUACGAGAGGGACCUGACAUUCGUAGGCUGCGUGGGCAUGCUGGACCCGCCCCGGGCCGAGGUGGCGGCCUCCAUCAAGCUGUGCCGCCUGGCCGGCAUCCGGGUCAUCAUGAUCACCGGGGACAACAAGGGCACCGCCGUGGCCAUCUGCCGCCGCAUCGGCGUCUUCGGCGAGAGCGACGACAUCUCCAGCAUGGCCUUCACGGGGCGCGAGUUCGACGACCUGUCGCCGGCCGCCCAGCGGGACGCCGUCAUCAACGCCCGCUGCUUCGCCCGCGUCGAGCCCUCGCACAAGUCCAAGAUCGUCGAGUUCCUGCAGUCGAUGGAUGAGAUCACGGCGAUGACCGGUGACGGGGUGAACGAUGCGCCCGCCCUGAAGAAGGCGGAGAUCGGCAUCGCCAUGGGCUCCGGCACAGCAGUGGCCAAGUCGGCGUCCGAGAUGGUGCUCGCCGACGACAACUUCUCCACCAUCGUGGCGGCCGUGGAGGAGGGCAGGGCCAUCUACAACAACAUGAAGCAGUUCAUCAGAUACCUCAUCUCCUCCAACGUGGGAGAGGUGGUCUGCAUCUUCCUGACGGCAGCCCUGGGCUUCCCCGAAGCGCUGAUCCCCGUCCAGCUGCUGUGGGUCAACCUGGUGACGGACGGCCUGCCCGCCACCGCCCUGGGCUUCAACCCCCCCGACCUGGACAUCAUGACCAAGCCGCCCCGCAACGCCCGCGAGCCCCUCAUCUCCGGCUGGCUGUUCUUCAGAUACCUGGCCAUCGGAUGCUAUGUGGGAGCUGGCACGGUGGGAGCGGCUGCGUGGUGGUUUGUUGCUGCUGAGGAUGGACCCAGGAUCACCUUCUACCAACUGAGCCACUUCCUCCAGUGUGGUCCAGACAACCCAGAGUUCCAGGGUCUGGACUGCCACGUGUUCGAGUCCCCCUACCCCAUGACCAUGGCCCUGUCUGUGCUCGUCACCAUCGAGAUGUGCAACGCCCUCAACAGUGUGUCAGAGAACCAGUCCCUGGUGCGUAUGCCCCCCUGGGAGAACGUGUGGCUGCUGGGGGCCAUCUGCCUCUCCAUGUCCCUCCACUUCCUCAUCCUCUACGUGGAGCCACUGCCGAUCAUCUUCCAGAUCACCCCUCUGAACCUCACCCAGUGGCUGAUGGUACUGAAGAUCUCCCUUCCCGUCAUCCUGCUGGACGAGCUGCUCAAGUUUGCCGCCCGGAACUACCUGGAGCCCGGUAAAGAUCUGGAGAAGCCAGCCGGCACCCGAGGCUGCUCCCUCUCUGCAUGCACUGAAGGCAUCUCCUGGCCCUUCGUGGCCCUGUCUAUACCCCUGGUCCUGUGGAUCUACAGCACCGACACUAACAUGGCCGACAUGUUCUGGUCCUGACUGACUUGAGCACACCCCCUUCCUCCCACCAACCCACUUGCUCCAUCCCCCCCACCCCUUCACCACCCUGCUCCCGUGUGUGAGUAGCUAGUGUGUGUGUUUUGUUUAGAACUAGAGUGUGUGCCUGUGUGCCUGCCUGUGUGUGCACGAGAAGGACCAAAUUGUAACACACGAUGAUAACCUAACGAAUAAUAUAAAACAAAACAAAAAAGUAACAAAUCAAAAAAGUCUUUUGUAGAAGUUUUCGCCAACGGGUGUAGGCGGCGAGUCUUUGGUCGGCUUUUCUGCUGGUUUGGAACGGAAAAUACUGUUGUUACCUUGUUUUGGUUCAUCUUCAUUUGUUUGUGCUAGUUGCCUUUUUAAAUUUGUAUUUUUUUAUGAUUUGGGAUCAAUAUUUUCAUCUCAAUUCACUACAGUACAAAUAAUCGAUUCCUGGAUUUGUCUGCUCUUCCCGUUUUGAGUAUUCUAAUUUAAAAACAAAGGUCCAUUGACCUGUACAGAGAUUUAACACUAUUUUAUGCAACUGUUUUAUGUUUUGUUUCUUUAUCAUCGCCUGUAAAACUGUUGAACCACAGAUGCUUAGUGGUUACCAUUGUGUCUUCAGCAGACCCGAGUUCAAAUACUAUUUGAAAGGAUUUUUAAUACUUCAUCUGUGCUUGACUAGGCUUGUCUGUAUCAAUGGAACCUGUGGACUAGUCUGAAAAUUUCAAAUCACACCCACCCCGACCCCCUUGGCAGAUGAAAGCUGACAAAAAAAAUCCUUUAAAAUACUAUUGGACCCCCAAGUCUGGUUGUCAGUAUGAAUUCGGAACUCUUUCAGAGCCAAUGGACAAGCAACGUGCGGCACCCAUUAGGAUUACAGGAAAAGGUCUGAGGAGUGUUAAUUAUUUUUUUUUUUUUUUUUUACGCAUUACUGAGAAAUGACUGAUGAAAUACCUGAAUGGAAAGAUGCAUGUUCUGUGACUGCAUGAACUGUACGUGGUUUUCUCAUAAAUGUUUUCAUUUUG